GCUCGCAGCUUGGUUGCGUCCGGCCUGGGAAGAUUCCCCGCAGACGCGGACGGGCCUUUUUUUAAAAAGCCUUGGGGGGGCUCGGCGUCCGCGCGCGUGCGCAGUGGAUAGGCCCGGUGGAGGAUAUUGAAACAAAUGAAGUACAUUUUGGUAACAGGCGGGGUCAUCUCUGGGAUUGGAAAAGGAAUCAUUGCCAGCAGCGUUGGGACAAUCCUCAAAUCAUGUGGAUUACAUGUCACUUCCAUUAAAAUUGACCCAUACAUUAACAUUGAUGCGGGCACUUUCUCUCCUUACGAGCAUGGUGAGGUAUUUGUUUUGGAUGAUGGAGGGGAAGUGGAUUUGGAUCUGGGUAACUAUGAACGGUUUCUUGAUAUCCGACUCACAAAAGACAAUAAUCUGACUACAGGGAAGAUAUAUCAGUAUGUCAUCAACAAGGAAAGGAAGGGAGACUACUUAGGUAAAACCGUUCAAGUUGUGCCCCAUAUUACUGAUGCCAUCCAGGAGUGGGUAAUGAGACAAGCACGGAUCCCAGUAGACGAAGAUGGCAUAGAACCCCAAGUCUGUGUGAUUGAGCUCGGAGGAACAGUAGGAGAUAUUGAAAGCAUGCCUUUCAUCGAAGCAUUCCGCCAAUUUCAAUUCAAAGUCAAGCGAGAGAACUUCUGUAAUAUUCAUGUCAGUCUGGUUCCCCAGCCAAGUUCUACAGGGGAGCAGAAGACAAAACCCACCCAGAAUAGUGUUCGCGAACUUCGGGGCCUUGGUCUCUCACCAGAUCUAAUUGUGUGCAGAUGUUCCACACCUCUGGAUACCUCGGUGAAAGAGAAAAUUUCGAUGUUUUGUCAUGUAGAACCAGAACAGGUAAUCUGUGUCCAUGAUGUCUCUUCCAUCUAUCGGGUUCCUCUGUUGCUAGAGGAGCAAGGAGUGGUUGAUUAUUUUCGACACAGGCUCAACCUUCCCAUUGAAAAGCAGCCCCAGAGAAUGCUGAUGAAGUGGAAGGAGAUGGCAGACAGAUACGAUCGCUUGUUGGAGACCUGCUCUGUUGCGCUUGUUGGCAAAUAUACAAAGUUUUCAGAUUCGUAUGCCUCUGUCAUUAAAGCCCUGGAACAUUCUGCUCUAGCAAUCAAUCACAAACUUGAAAUAAAGUAUAUUGAUUCUGCUAAUUUGGAACCGGUUACUCUACAAGAAGAACCUGUUCGAUACCACGAAGCCUGGCAAAAACUCUGCAGUGCUGAUGGAGUCUUGGUUCCAGGUGGUUUUGGUGUUCGAGGCACAGAAGGAAAAAUUCAAGCCAUUUCUUGGGCAAGAAAACAGAAGAAACCUUUCCUAGGAGUCUGUUUGGGAAUGCAGUUGGCAGUUGUGGAGUUUGCCCGCAACGUCCUUGGCUGGCAAGAUGCCAACUCUACAGAAUUUGACCCUAAAACUACACAUCCAGUGGUAAUUGACAUGCCGGAACACAAUCCAGGUCAAAUGGGUGGGACCAUGAGGCUGGGCAAGAGGAGAACCAUCUUCCAUACCAAGAACUCAGUCAUGAGAAAACUGUAUGGAGAUGCUGACUAUUUGGAAGAAAGGCACAGACACAGAUUUGAGGUAAAUCCAGAACUGAAAAACUCAUUUGAAGAGAAAGGUAUGAAGUUUGUGGGCCAGGAUGUGGAAGGAGAGCGAAUGGAAGUGGUUGAGUUGGAAGAUCAUCCUUUCUUUGUGGGAGUUCAGUAUCACCCAGAAUUCCUGUCCAGACCUAUAAAGCCCUCUCCCCCUUACUUUGGCCUCCUCCUGGCUUCUUCAGGAAGACUGACACAUUACCUCCAGAAAGGCUGCAGACUCUCGCCCAGGGAUACCUACAGUGACAGAAGUGGAAGCAGCUCCCCUGAUUCCGAGAUCACAGAACUGAAAUUUACUGCAGAGAAUCAUGAGUAAAUUGCUGUGGCCUGUAACCACAAUAAAGUUAAUCUUCGAACACCACCAGUGUUUGGAAAUUCUUCACUGGACACAAUACGUCUUGGGGAUUUUGUAAAUCAUGUUAUUGUAAUUGUUUUUUGAGAGAUCAUGUCAUUACUUUUGUUUUAAUUUUUUUUUAAAAAUUAUUCUGAGAAACUGACACCGAUGCCUACUCAUGCUCAGCUGUGAGCUUACAAACCUGAAGUGCAGAAGCUGAGGGAGGGACGAGACAUUUUGGAUGCGUAAGGAGGUUUAACAGGCCAUUUCAAAUGCUCACAGAAGACGCCCUGCGGAAUCUCUGUUCAGGUUUUCAGUUCCCCUCCAUUAUCGGAGGUGCACAUUAUGCUGUUGGCAUCUCGAUGGAAAGGAGGGUGGAAAGUUGUACAAGGCAGGCUAGCCUAAUCUUCAUAAGUAUUAUAAAACAGAGUGGUGCUACACCUGGCAUUGCUUAACCUUUCCCAAGAGUAUAAUUUCCCUGUUCGUGAAAUUCGGUGUAUUCUGAUGCUAAGCAGGUCUGGUCACAUUCAAUGACGCUUCGAAAAUGUGAGUGUCAGUUUGCCUCCCCUUCCGCCCGCCAUUUUACACAUUCACGGCUUUCUUUAGUUCUGCUUCCUGAACUGAUACAAUUCCUUGCAUCAAGGGGGGCACGUGUACGAGGAAGUGACUUUUCAGAAGUUGCCUUUUGCACCUCUCGUUGAGAGCUUUGCCUUGGACUAGAAAGAAGCACUGAGGUUCUUAUUUUUUGAAGAGAGACCACUCUAUGCGGAAAGAGGAGGUCAGGCUGGCGUAUGUGUUGUCCUACACGCCUGUUUUUUACAAGGGAUGUGUAUGUGUCCAGCGAUGCACUGACACAGCCUUAGGAGAGAGGAGAGAUGAACCUGCAAACGUGGGAGCUGCACAAAAGCAUUGCUUACGGUCUUGUCCCAGUGCAGGUUAUAAACUGCGUUUCCAGCAAGUUAGGUGGAACAGUGUGUUGCUACAAACAUACCAGAUGUACAAAUCCUUUUCAGUUCAUUAAAACUUUGGGAAAACAA